AUGAAGCUUCUUACGCUUUUUGGUACGCUCCUUUGUGCCUCUUCGGCUUUCGCAGGGAAUUCGCCUCACAAGCGCAAUGUCUUCAACAAGGUGAAGCCAGUUCUCGAGAAGCGCGUGGCAAAUGAGCCCUUCAGGCACCCAGAGCUUCAAAAGCGGGCAUCUAGCUUUCUAACAGACAAGACUAAGCCGUUCGCCGUCAAUGGCACUGGAAUCCCAGAGGUUCCUUUUGAUAUCGGAGAGUCAUACGCUGGCUUGCUACCUAUCUCGGAUAACCCGGAUGAGACCCGCAAGCUGUUCUUCUGGUUCUUUCCAUCGACGCUCUCGAGCAGUCCAGAAGAGGUUGUCAUCUGGCUCAAUGGUGGACCCGGCUGCAGUUCGCUCAGUGGAUUUCUGACGGAGAAUGGCCCGUUUACUUGGGAAUCUGGUACCCUUGCACCAGUACAGAAUCCAUAUAGCUGGAACAAUCUUACCAACGUGCUUUGGGUCGAACAGCCAGUCGGUGUAGGGUACUCGCAAGGAACACCAAAUAUCACCGAUGAAGUCGAGCUCGCAACCGAAUUCCGCGGGUUUUAUAAGAGCUUUGUUGACCUUUUCGAACUCUACAACUGGAAGACUUACGUCACCGGAGAGUCUUAUGCUGGCUACUAUGUUCCGUACAUUGCCGACGGCUUCAUUCAGGCCAACGACACAAAAUACUUCAACUUGGCUGGCAUCUCUAUCAAUGACCCCAUCAUCGGAGAUGAGACGAUUCAGCAACAGGUCAUCAUCCUUCCAUAUGUCGAAUAUUGGCAGAACUUGCUAUUCCUCAACGACUCGUUCAUGGACACCAUUCGCCAGCACCAGAAAGACUGUGGCUAUUCUGAGUAUCUCGACACCUACUUCAAGUUCCCGCCACCUCAGGGUGCCUUCCCCGUCUUGCCGGAUCCUUCCAACUCGCCAAAUGUAACAUGCGACCAGUUCGACAACUUCUACGAGGCCAUUCUUGCCGUCAACCCCUGCUUCAACAUUUACCACAUCACCGAGACCUGUCCCCAUCCUUUCUCGCAGCUCGGAAUAGUCAAUACCGGAGACUAUUCACCACCAGGUGCUGUCAUAUACUUCAACCGUACUGAUGUAAAGGAGGCACUUCACGCUGAUGUCAACUCACAUUGGCUGCAAUGCACUGACACCAACGUAUUUGGAAACGGUAAUGAUUCCAGUCACGCUUCCGACGCUUCUCCAGGUCCCGCCAACAAUGGCGUACUACAGCGCGUUAUUGAGUUUACCAACAACACCAUCAUUGGCUCUGGCGACCUUGACAUGCUGCUCAGCACCAACGGUACUCUAUUCGCCAUUCAGAACAUGACCUGGAACGGCGCCCAGGGUCUGCACGACUAUCCAUCUACUCCCCUCUAUGCGCCUUACCACCCUGAGUACAAUCUCGGUGCCUUGGCUGGCUCGGGCGUGCAAGGUGUGUGGACUCAAGAGCGUGGUCUGGUCUUCUAUACUGCCAGAUUGGCCGGCCAUGAACUGCCUGGAUAUACCCCGGGCGUCGCUUUCCGUAUGCUGGAGAUCUUGCUUGGACGUGUGAAGGAUUUCAGUAGCACUGAGAAUUUUGUUACUCAGAGUGGGAACUUUACGGGUACUGGCACCAUCUACUAG